UCUGCUGUGUGCAUGUUCCUCUCUCUCGCUGUCAGUCGGGAUUCAGAGCAAAAGGGGGAGAGAGGGUUUUUUUUUUUUCCAGCAUUGCAGCCCAAGCAGGGAAGAAGGGACGGAUGCCUGAGGCUUUUGGAAGGAAAACUCUUCUCCAAAGGAAACACAGCAGAAUAAUAAUGGCAACCAUCGGGGGAGAAGAAGAAGAAGCACCACGCAGUUCCCUGUGGGUCUGAACGUCUGGUAUACAUGCUGGCUGUUAAAGGACAUGAUUCAGACUGUCCCAGAUCCAACAGCUCAUAUCAAGGAAGCAUUAUCAGUUGUGAGUGAAGAUCAGUCUUUAUUUGAGUGUGCCUACGGAACUCCCCACCUUGCUAAGACAGAGAUGACAGCCUCCUCUUCCAGUGAAUAUGGGCAAACAUCAAAGAUGAGUCCACGUGUCCCCCAGCAAGAUUGGUUAUCACAACCUCCAGCCAGAGUAACCAUAAAGAUGGAAUGCAAUCCAAAUCAAGUUAAUGGUUCCAGGAAUUCCCCUGAUAAUUGCAGUGUGUCAAAAGGAGGGAAGAUGGCUAACAGCACAGAAAACGUUGCUAUGAAUUAUGGAAACUAUAUGGAAGAAAAGCACAUCCCACCACCAAACAUGACCACCAAUGAACGGAGAGUUAUUGUUCCUGCGGAUCCCAUGCUGUGGAGCACAGACCAUGUACGCCAGUGGUUGGAAUGGGCUGUCAAAGAAUAUAGUCUCCCAGAUGUGGAUAUUCUGUUGUUUCAGAAUAUUGAUGGGAAGGAAUUGUGCAAGAUGACCAAAGAUGACUUCCAGAGGCUCACACCAAGCUAUAAUGCAGACAUUCUCCUCUCACACCUACACUACCUCAGAGAAACUCCUCUUCCACAUUUGACUUCAGAUGAUGUUGAUAAGGCCUUACAAAACUCUCCACGGUUAAUGCAUGCUAGAAAUACAGGAGGCGCAGCUUUUAUUUUUCCAAAUACUUCAGUAUAUCCUGAAUCAACACAAAGAAUUACAACCAGGCCAGAUAUUCCUUAUGAACCAGCCAGGAGGUCAGCCUGGACAAGCCACAGUCACCAAACUCCACAAUCAAAAGCUGCUCAAGCAUCAUCUUCAACAGUACCAAAAACAGAAGACCAGCGUCCUCAGUUAGAUCCCUACCAAAUUCUGGGCCCAACCAGCAGCCGUCUUGCUAAUCCAGGGAGUGGGCAGAUACAGCUAUGGCAGUUCUUGUUAGAACUCCUGUCAGAUAGCACCAAUUCUAACUGUAUCACCUGGGAAGGCACCAAUGGAGAGUUCAAGAUGACUGACCCUGAUGAAGUAGCCCGGCGUUGGGGAGAAAGAAAGAGCAAACCAAACAUGAACUAUGACAAGCUCAGUCGUGCUCUCCGUUACUACUAUGACAAAAAUAUAAUGACUAAAGUCCACGGUAAGCGUUAUGCUUACAAGUUUGACUUCCAUGGAAUUGCUCAGGCCCUGCAGCCACAUCCUCCAGAAUCAUCCAUGUACAAAUAUCCAUCAGACCUGCCCUACAUGAGUUCAUAUCAUGCACAUCCCCAAAAAAUGAACUUUGUGGCUCCACAUGCACCUGCUUUGCCAGUCACUUCCUCCAACUUUUUUGGCGGACCUGCUCCAUACUGGAAUUCACCAACUGGAAGUAUCUACCCUAACACUAGGCUUCCAGCCACCCAUAUGCCUUCUCACCUUGGCACUUACUACUAAAACAAGACGAUUGUUUUUAAAGGACCUUUCUUCAUGGAGUACAAUCAAUUAUAAUUAAAUUUUAUUUGAAAAAUGUGCAAAAGUGCCUAAAAGACAUGCCAUGGUUGACCAGGACCAAAGGAUGUCAUAGAAAAAUGCUUUUUUAAAAGAAAAUUGACAGGAAAAUGUUAAUGAUGCUACUAUAUAAACUAAGCUGACUUCACAUCUACAGACCAAACAAUGAAAUACUUUUUCCAGGUUUUAAAAAAAGAGGUAAUGAUAAACUACAGCACAGGAGUCAGAAAUGGUUUAUAAGCUUUUAUGUCAUGUUGGUAUGCUAGAGAAAAUUGGGCCUCUACAACAGCAAUAUAAGGAUAAUUCUGUUACGACCUAGGAUACAGUGCAUGAAUAUAUGAAUGCAUAAAAAUACUACCUGCAUUUUUAAAACAAACAUAGAGAACAGUGUCAUAAAUAUUUGUCUAGAGCAAGACCUGAUUUUGAGCACAAUGGUUUUAGCUGGAAUGAACUUCAAUGCAUUCCAUUAUUAAGAGGGAGGAAUCAGCUAUUUCAUAAUGUGAAGACAAUGCAAGCUAAGAUUUCUUGACAGUGUUAAAGAGCUCUGAGCCAAAUAUUGGGACUGAGAAUGUGCUAAAGGGCAAGAGUGUGAUUGUAGACUAAGGGCACAAUACAUCAGGAAGUUCUCCUGUGCAUGCCCUGUUGAAAUGAAUGGGUGCUGCACAAGAGCACUAAUGUGAGUCUGUGUCUGAUACAUGAAGUGGAAAGGGGUCAGACUGAGGAAAAGAAAGGCAAUCAUGAGUGAAGGCUAAGACCUUUCUUCUAGAGAAGUGGGAAACUGAAACUGGACAGUAUUUGAACUAUGAAGAAUUACUUGUUUGGACUUGAGAAAUAUUGUGUUGAGUAUUAUACCAUUUCCAGUAUUAUCAAAGAAAAGACUUGACUUUGUAAGGGCCAAAAUGGGAAAGUAAUCAUAUCAGAGUAUACAUCUCUUUAUAAAAAUGUAAAACUGGAAUUGUCUAAUAUUUAAAAGUAACACAGGACCUCAUUCUUCUUAAGGGAAAUUGUUUUCUACCAGUUGAAGGUAAAAGACAAUCCCUACUUGCCAAAGUCUGAACUCAUAUAGAUAUUUUUGUUAGGCAGCGCCAGUUUUUCUUUUCUGAGUCGCGAACGCUGUGCGUUUGUCAGAAUGAAAUAUACAAGCCAACCUUAUUUUUUUCCUUUUUAUAUAAUAAUUAUAUAACUUAUGCAUUUAUACACUACGAGUUGAUCUCGGCCAACCAAAGAUACAGAAAGGGACAAUCAGAAAUAUUGUGGCCUUGAAUUUUAACUCUGUAUGCUUCAUGUUUACAUUAUGAACUUAACUAGUACUUAGAAAGCAGAAUGUAUGUAAUAAAAUAAGCUUGGCCUAGCACGGCAAUUCAGAUUGACAAUGUAGUCUGCAUUUUCAUCUUGUGACUUUGAUGCCAGCCAUGUUUUGUUCCAGAUGUGUGAUUUCUUUCUUUAUUGACUUCAAAAGGUUUUGUACAUUUAUAAAUGUGGUUAAUCUUACAGAAGGUGGACAUCUGGCACAUACUAGAGAUUAAAGUAAAAAGACACAUUAAUUGUUGAUUCAUUUCCUACACAGUUCAAUAUCGGUCAUCAAUACAAUUCAGCAGGCCAGGUGGUGCCAGCCCAGACACUGAUUGACAAAUGCUAUAAAAGAACAUAAUGUUAUUGGUAUGCCCAUUCUGCUUUUAUUGCUAAAUUUAGACUGGGAAAUGCACCUAGUUCUAGAAGAUUUGCUUUCAAUAUUCAGAAGAAUUUCUGCUGGUGAGAUAAAGGAAAACCAGGAUUAGCUAUUUCAGUAAGGAACUGUGGCAGACAGACUAAACUAUAAACUGUAAGAACAGGUACAGAACUAAUUAAUCUCACUUUAACAAAUGUUGGUGCCAUUAAGGGAAAAUUUAGAUUUAAAAUUGUGUGGCUGUCAACAAAAGCAGCACAUUCUUCCCUUUGCCUUCGUACUAUCUUGUAAAACACACUGUGGUGUAUAAGGUUGCCAUACUGAAAGGUCUCCUGUAACUUUAAUGAAUGUGUAGAAGAAAGAUUUUGAAAUGUUGCUUGUCAUGCAAUUAAGAAGAAAUGCCUGCUGAAAUACCCCCUUCUGCACCACUAUGAAAUCUAUAGGAAUGCUCUCCAGUUUUUGUUCGGGCAACCCCAAACUGGUAUGGAAUGUCCUUGUUUUCUUAAAUUUCCCAUUCAGUUUCAUUGGAUUUGGCUUAUUGGAGCAUCUAUAUUGUAAAUGAUGUGAAGCAUCCACCUCUGUUCCCCAUUGUUAGUCAUUGAGUGAGUGAAUAACCAGAAGCAGAAGCCAGCCUUCUCCAUAUGUCUCAUUUCAACCAUAAGGAACUACAACUACAAAACUGCUGGAAUGCUGAGCAAACAAAAAGAAGCUAUUAGGCGCUGUGCAGCCUGGGAGUGGAGUUGGGACGUGGCAUCCAUACAAUGCACUCCCUGACUCCACCCCAUGGUGGCAUGAUGCUGCGCACUGCUCUACAUGGCACGUGGCAUCAUGCCGCUCCAAAGGAGUCUCUUAAAGCCGCACUGCUGCAGUUAUCGCACCCUUUCCUGAUCUGGAAAGGCCAGAUCAGGGUCACAGCAUGCAGUUACCACAGCCCCAAUAUUGGGAAGAUGGAGGUGGCUGCAGGCUGCCCCUUCAGGAGCGGUCUGCGCAGCCUCUUAGUAAUCAGUAACAGAACUGUUUUAGAAAUAUGUGUCUGGGUGAUCAGACUUGCAAAUGAAGCCUGUGUUUAAUAUCCAAUAAAUUGUCACAUUUUUGCUGAUAAAGUCCUUCAGUAUUCCAUAAAUCUGUAGUCAUCUUUAGUCUCUGUGGGACUCUUCUACACAAACAAUCUA